CAUAAUUACAUUCAGACCAUUAUGCAUUUGUGGCUAAUAGCUUGCUCAUAAAUCAAAAUUAUGUCAGGCAGGCGUCUCUUAGAUGCGAUACAGCUUCUCAAUGUCGCGAAAUCUGUUGCGGCGAAGCACCUCGGAGUGCGCCAGCACCAGCUAGAUAUCUACACCAAGACUUCCUCUCUCACAAAAGGGGUGAAGAACCAGGCUGAAGGUCUUAUUCUUACGGCAAAAGCUGCAGCUGCAUUAGCAAAACGGUUCGAUGAGACGAAUUCACCGAGCCCCACUGUUCAAACAUUCAAUAACACUACUGCCUCCCCGUUGUCGACGUCGAGCGCUAAGCAAACGCCCCCGGAUGAAGCAGCAAAUGUCCGGUCGGAGACGAAUUUCAAAAUCCCUGAAAUUACAACAGAAUAUACUGGAGGAGAUGAACCCGCGGGGCUGAAAGUCAGUCCCCAGCAAGAUGUGUAUUACAACCGGCCUCAGCAGUUGAAUACUUCGGUGUCAUCGCUACCGAAGGUUCUGAUACCAAAGGCCGUGAGCGAAUCUCAAGAGCAUUCCGACAAGGACAUAAAUGCAGAUGUGUUCUCCUCUCCCGUGGAUUCCGGGAAGAAAGCAUCCCCGGAGGAGCAAGAACUUUCAGAAGAAGCAAUCGGUCAGAUCUUUCACAGCCCCAGAGUUGCAAGAAUCAUGACAAAACGAGCAUCACCGGAGACCACUGUGAGCAGCGUGACAGAUUCAAAGAUUACGAGUCGCUUCAUCGGCCAAGAUGAGACACUAACACCAGGUGGUGAGAAUUUGGGAGCCACAGUGAAAGAGAUGGAAGACCUCGGAAGUACGAUCUUGAAUGAUCAAGAAGCCCUGAAGACAGAAGAAGCUGUCGAGAGCCUAGGAAGUUUAGAAAGGGAGGCAAGCUAUCAAAUGACGGAGUCCCGUGUCCCUUCAUCGCGUCUCGGCAGACUAUGGCAGUACGGUGGACUUGCAACCUCAAUGGCUUUCGGAGCAGUUGGAGAGAGCUUUCGACGGGUCACUGGAAGCAAUGAUAGCGGGUCUAUCAUGUUCAGUGCCGGUAAUAUGGAACGUCUUGUCGCCAAAUUAUCAAAGAUGCGGGGCGCGGCUCUUAAGUUAGGCCAGAUGUUGAGCAUUCAAGACUCCAAGAUGCUUCCUGAACCAAUCCAGGUGGUCCUUCAACGCGUUCAGGAUCGUGCAGAUUACAUGCCAGCAUCUCAGCGGGAUAAAGUGUUAUCCGACAACUUGGGCUCGAAUUGGCGAGAUUUGUUUAUCUCCUUCGAUGAAAUGCCGAUUGCCGCUGCCUCUAUCGGGCAGGUACAUAAAGCCGUCCUCAAGAAGACAGGUCAACCUGUGGCUGUGAAAAUACAAUAUCCUGGCGUUUCGGAUUCUAUUGACUCGGACCUAAACAACCUAUCUAUCCUACUCACGGCUUCUCGUCUUCUACCACGUGGUCUAUACCUUGACAAGACCAUUGCAAAUGCUCGGACAGAACUUGCAUGGGAGUGUGAUUACGUGCGGGAAGCCGAGUCUGGCGACCGGUUCAGGGAGCUUCUCAAAGACGAUCCAGCCUUUGUUGUCCCCCAGGUCAUACCAGAGGCUUCAGGCAAACAGGUCUUGACCAUGGAACUGCUAGAGGGCGUCGCUGUGACUAAGAUAAAGAACAUUACGCAAGAGCAGCGGGACUGGAUCGGCACGCAAAUUAUGCGUCUGUGUCUGCGUGAGAUCACCGAGUUCAAGUACAUGCAGACGGACCCAAAUUGGACGAAUUUCCUUUAUAAUGCGCAGACUCACCAGCUGGAACUGCUCGACUUCGGUGCCUCACGCGAAUACCCGCGCGAAUUCAUCGCGAAGUACAUCCGUACGCUGGUCGCUGCGUCGCACAACGACCGCCAGACAUGCCACGCCCUCUCUAUCGACCUCGGCUACCUGACAGGCUAUGAAUCGCAGCAGAUGGUCGACGCGCACGUUACCUCGAUCCUCACCCUCGCGGAGCCCUUCAUGGAGUCCUCUCCGGACAUCUACGAUUUUAGCAACCAAACCAUCACCGAUCGCGUCCGCGACUUGAUCCCCGUCAUGAUCCGCGAACGCCUCGCUCCACCACCGGAGGAAACCUACAGCCUGCACCGCAAGCUUAGUGGUGCGUUCUUAUUGUGCGCACGACUUGGUAGUCGUGUGCGCUGCAAGGAUUUAUUCUCCGCAGCGGUAAAAAAGGCAGAUCAGUCUGGUCUGUCGAGCGACUAACAGAAGAAAAAACCACUUCCAUCCUUCAAAUUCUUUGAGGUUUGUACGAUACAUGCUGACUAAUUCCCCUUUCUACCAUUAACUAGUUAUAGAGCACCUAGAACACUUCUAUGUACUAUCACUUGAAUAAAUAGAUAUCCAUGAA